AUGGCUUCAUCAUCAUCAUCAUCUUCUACUUCUCACACAAUUUCCCCAGAAGAACUCAAGUUGUUCCACACUAUAGACCGAGCCAUCUUCUGCAGGCUUGUUCUGAACCUUCAACGCGAACCGUUCGAGUCCAUGCACGUCAUGGCUCUACUCCUUUGGCUCGAACGCUCUGUCGCCUGUGGAGAGAACUUGGUUUACACCAUCCAGACAUGGCCCGACACAUUCGUCGAUGCAUUGGCCAUCGAAAGUGUUCAAUGCUUGAAUUGUAUAAACAGCGAUGAAUUCCCUUUCGGACAUUUCGAAAACGAUUACUGCAUCGUCCCUUUGAUUCGAAUGUUGACUAACGACGACAUCUCGCUUCGCUUCUUUCACGAGAAUCGUGUGGAGAUUGUUCAUGGGGUCGUUAACCUGGUUCAUGAUGUUUGUUAUAGAGCCUUUGAUGAUAUAAUGAAACAAGCACUGUAUGGUGCAACGAUUAUGCCGAUAUUGCCAAGUUUAAGGCCAAACUUUCAUGGAUUUGAUCCUGAAGAUGUUAGCAGCUUUAGGGCUCAAAAGAAGUGUAUGGACAAUGAAAUGGAGGAUCUAUGGAACCGUAUACAUAGCGUUCGCAUUAGCAGCUCGGAAGAGAAGAAGAAGGGUGAUGAUAAUAAUAAGGAAGAAGUUGAAGCAGACGAUAGAACCAUUUUCUUGACAUUCUCAAAAGGAUACUCGGUUUCAGAGGAUGAAGUGAGAAACUUCUUCACCAGGAGGUUUGGGGAAGUAUUCGAGGGAAUAGAGAUGCAAGAAGUGGAAAAAGGGGAGCAGCCUCUAUAUGCAAAGCUGGUACUGGAAACAGGUACCACGCUUGAGAUGAUUCUGAAUGGUAAGCCCAAAGCCAAGUUCUCUAUCAAUGGAAAACAUGUUUGGGCUCGAAAGUUUGUUCGUAAGACCCACAAGUCCCCUCCCAAGCGACACAUCACAUCUGUAUAA